CAGCGUUUUAUUCCACCACACCGUGUACAACAAAGAAUGGAUGGAGAGCAAAUUCCCCGCCAACACGGCUUACCUGGCAAUCUUACGAGAACCUUUCAGUCACCUGAAGUCGAGCUUCAACUUCUACAGACUCGACCGUAUCCUGCCAUUCAAGAACAGAGAAAACCCUCUCAAGGAAUUCCUAAGAAACCCGGCCAAGUAUCCCACCAGUGGAGUAGUGCAGGGUAUACUUGUUGACAAGACGAGAAACGCACAAGCUUUCGACAUGGGAUACCCAGUGGAGAAAGAUAGAGACAUGCAAUAUGGACGUGAAUACAUCAAACAGUUGGAUCGAGACUUCACUCUCAUUCUUAUAUUAGAAUAUCUGGAUCAUUCUUUGGUCAUGCUCAAAAGGCUGAUGUGCUGGGAGACCAGAGAUAUGCUGUAUAUAACAGAGUCCAGAAACAGCAAGACUUACCCAUACAAGUCCUACCGGCCCACAGAGGCAGAGAGAGCGGCCCAUCGUCAGUGGAGUCCGGUAGAAUACGCCAUGUACAACCACUUCAACCAGACUCUCUGGCGUAAGAUCGAUGAACAAGGUCCGGACUUCUUUGAGGAAUUGGAAUUCUUCCGACAAGUCAACAAACAGGUGAACGACUUUUGCAGCCACAGUAAAGGGAAGAGAAAAAAGGGAAAAGAUCUGCCGACAAAACAUAUUCCUGAGUCACCAUGGAGUGAAUCCUUCGACAUCACUCCCCACUUCUGUACCUUGUUAGGCAUGGACUACUCCAGCAUUGACUACCUCAUCAGAACAAAGCAAGGCAGACCAACUUUGAAGAAACCUUGCGAGCAACAGAAAGUUCAGCUGAAACCGAACCUGUUCUUCUUACUUGACGGUCGUCCCGGGUUUGAAACGUUGGCAGAUGUCAUGAAAUACAACCCCAAGAAAAGCAAGAAACCACUGAACCAUGAACAGUCAGAUAUACUGGGAAGACUGGCAAAGUCUUUCCAAAAAUGCAAGAAAAAACAAAAACACUUGAAAGAUCAUUUUCACGAAGUUGCGGGGAAUUUCAAGGUGAAAGUUGACAAAAAUAUCCCAAAGGAGAUGUUCGACUUUCUAAAAGAAGAUUCAUAGAAGUUGUCGUGCCAUAAUACUAAAGAUGAAUGAAUGAAAGGGCUUAACUGUACGUUGAUGCUCUUGCAAGCUAUUUUGAUCAAGUGGGAGUACAACUACUGUGCUUUAAAAAUGUGGCAUCGUACUACAAUGACUAAUGCAUACUGGUAUAACUUCUCGUCUCUUUAAGACAGCUGUAUGUAAGAACAAUUUGAACUUAAAAACACAUGGUUUAUAUAACUGCACAAGGGAUGCAAAGUUUCCAUUCUACUGAAAUAUCAAAACCAGAUCGUCAUGAUUUUAUUAGUAGCUUUGGUGAGAAUUGUCAUAAUAAGAUGUCAAUUAUUCAAAUCAGGAUCUGAUUUGCUUAAUCAUUGAGGACAGUGAUAGAGCUAGUCAAACAAGUAACGCACUAGUAUGUACUUACAUUCACUGGCAUAGAUUAUGCAAAUGAAGAGUUAAUUUGCAUAACAACUGAGAAAAUAGUGUAAUGACUCCAUAGCAAGGUAAAUUACGCUCUACAAAUUACGACCUCAUUUUGCAUAGCUGAGGAGGGAAUGCUAUAAUAGCUACCGUUGUUA